AUCAAAACUAAUAAGUCAAAUAGCCGCAGUUGAAAAUCUGUCUGUCACUGUGGACAUCUGGUCAGAUAGAAGAAUGAGAGGCUACCUUGGCGUCACCGCUCACUGGAUAAACACUGCAGCAGAUGCUAUAACACUGAAAUCUCAUCUACUAGCUUGCAACCGCUUCAAGGGGUCACAUACAGGAGAGAGAAUUUGUGAGUAAUUUGAAUAUGUGAUCAGUAUAAAGUUAAACAAAAGAUCGAUUAUAUAAUUUGUGACAAUGCUGCAAACAUGAAGAAGUCAUUCACCACAUGUUUUCCCAGUUCAGAUGAAGCAGAUGAGAAUGAUGAUGACUGCCUGGAUGAUGCAGAACUAUGGAAUGCCCUUCCGGUUGAAGAGGAGGAGAGGCUGAACGUGACAUUGACCUCCAAAAGUCAGUAUAGACUACAGUGCUUUGCACACACACUACAAUUGGUUGUUGGUAAUGGCCUUAAAGAGACCAGGGCAGCCAGUUCAGCUCUGGCCAAAGCAUCCUGGAUCAGUUCUCUGCUCCACACAAGUACUUCUUAUAAGGAGGAAUUUGAGAAAGAAUUUGGCCAAUGUGGAGUUCCUGCUUCAGUUGUUACUCGAUGGAAUUCGACAUUCCGACAGCUGAGGUCUUUGCUUAAGUGUGACUACCAAACUUUGUGCAAAGUUUUGGAUGUUAGAGGGCACAGAGAGACUGUUUUCACUCUAAGAGAGUGGGCUCAGAUUAAAGAACUGGUCAGCAUUCUGAAGCCUUUUGCUGAUGCCACUGAUCGCACACAGGGAGACAAAGUUGUAACCAUAAGUGCUGUGAUUCCCUGUGUUCUCUCUCUCAACCAUCACUUGGAAAACCAGAAAGAAGGAACACAAUACUUGAUCAGCCUUAUCCACAGUCUUCAAAAAUCACUGCAAAGAAGAUUCAAAGGCAUCUUCGUCAAUGUAAAAAUGUCUCAGCCAGAGACCAAUGAAGGAAUUCCACCAUUCUCUGAUCCUGUUUAUGUCAAAGCAGCUGUUCUUGAUCCAGCCUUUGGGGUUAUGUGGAUCGAACACGAUGUAUUGGUUGAUGACAAGCUAAAGGAGCAGUUGACCAUGGAAGUAAAAAAUCUGAUUCUUCAGGAGACAGACCAUACCAGUACGGAACAAACAGGUCAUGGGGAUGAAGAAGAGCAAAUCGAAGAUGAUGAAACUAGGCUGUUCUUUUACCACAAAAAGCUAAAGAAAUCCACUCAUUCCAGCCCUGCUGCCCAGCUCAACCAGUACCUGGAAAAUUGCGAUGGCCAGAACUGCCUUUUGUUUUGGGGAAUGAACAAGGAAAAAAUGCCUUCACUGUUCCAAAUAGCAAUGAGGGUAUUAGCUGUGUCUGAGUCAAGCGCACCUGUCGAGCGUGUGUUCAGCCAUGGAGGGAUUAUAAUGCGGCCCCAUCGUUCACAACUUAGUUCCAAUGUCUUGGCAAACCUUAUUUUCUGUAAAUGCAACACCUUUUAGACCAUUUCCAGUAAAUUGAACGGUGUGUGUUCAGUCAUAGAGGAAUUAAUAUGUGGCCCUAGCAUCAACAACUUAGUUCCAAUGUUUUGGCAAACCUUAUUUUUUGUAAAUGCAUGUUUACAGGUUUCAUGUGUUUUAGACCGUUCCAGUUAAAGGAUUAGUUUAGUUUAAUAACAACAAUGUACAGAUAAUGUACUCACCCCCUUGUCAUCCAAGAUGUUCAUGUCUUUCUUUCCUCGAUCAUUAAGAAAUUGUUUUUUUGAGGAAAACAUUUCAGGAUUUCUCUCUGUAUAAUGGAUAUAUAUGGCACCCCGAAGUUUGAAUUUCCAAAAUGUAGUUUAAAUGCAGCUUCAGAAGACUCUAAAUGAUUCCAGCCGAGGAGGAAGAGUCUUAUCUAGCGAAACAAUCAGUUAUUUUCUAAACAAAUGGACAAUUUAUAUACUUUUUAACCUCAAAUGCUGGUCUUGUGUUGUCUCUGCGCAGUCUGUCCAGCUCUCCUGAAGUAACUGCCUGCCUAUCUCCAGGAAUCUCCUCCAUGCCCUUGAAACUGUGCUGGGAGACACGGC